AUGGACUCCGGCCGGAAACGAAGAUAUUCGCAGGCAGCCACUCCCUCGACCAGCGAUGGGAACGCGACCAAGAAGCUGAAGCUACUGAACYCAAAUCCCGCGCCCUCCGCGCAGACACCCGCGCAAACAACUGCGGAAGCCGUGCAGAAGGUCGGUCUGAAGCUGGUCGAGCAGGUUCGCAAUGCGACCGACAAGAACAAACGACCCAUCGCGGAUGCCUUUUUGGAACUGCCACCUCGCGACCAGUUCCCCGACUAUUAUCAAAUGAUACGCAUGCCGUUAGCUCUGGACACAAUCAAGAACAAACUACGACAGAAUCUGUAUCCUACCAUUUCCGCGAUCGAGAGGGACUUCAAGCGGAUGACCUGGAAUGCAAAAGAAUACAAUCUUCCAAAGAGUGACAUUUACGAGGAUUCCGAGCGCAUCCGCAAGCUGGUCUACAACUACAUGAAGACACACAACCCUGCGUACGCGGACCCGGCGUACCAUGCCGAACCUACGCCCUUUGUCGAGCACAAGCUCACUCUGACAAACGGUGCACGCAAUGGCGAGAGUGUCWAGCAGGAGCAACAGAUUCGACCUGAAGGCAGCAAGACGAGGAUCUCACUUGUAAACUCCAGACGAUCAGAGACGAAGCGCUCGGAACCGCCAUCGGAGAGGAAGCCGUCAGCAGCCCCAAGUGCAUCCGUAGGUGAGGAUGAGGCAAGAGAAGUUGAGGACAGCGGCGUUAAAACCAGCGUGAACGGAAAUGGCAUUGCGAAUGGCGUAGAUCGCGACUUCACCGGCAAAUCGUUCGAGGAUGCCCAGCGAAUGAUUGUGAAAGACCUGAUUGAACGGAAAGAUGGAGAUGGAGGAAUUGAGAUUUUCACGCCCUUCGUCACAUUGCCAUCGAGGAAGCUCGAGGAUUACUACAAGAUCAUACGACAUCCUGUGUCCCUGAAAAGCGUACAGAAGCGCACUCAUGGCAUUCACGGGCGCGAUGAAAAUACAGGAGUAACCGACUUCAAAUCAUGGGAUGCCUUCGAGGAGGAAGUCAGCUUCAUCUGGCGCAAUUGCAGAGAAUACAACGAGGACGGGAGCGAGAUGUAUGAGCUUGCAGGCGAGUUUGAGGAAACGUUCAAGGCCCUACUCGCCGAAGCCAAGUCAAAGGUCGAUGAGCCAGCCGCGGCGAGACUCAAGCUCGCAGGACCCAAGGCCAAAUCUGGAGUUACCCUGAAUCUACAUCAACACCGAAAUUCGCCAACACCGGGUGUCAGCGUUGACAGUGACGCUCUUCUCCGCCAACGGCAAAUGGUACAGGCUGGCGUGAAUGGCGAGCAGACGCCGUCGAGGCCAACUCCGCCCACAAACGGCGCCACAAGACCACCAUCGCAAGCAGCAGCAGCGGCCACGCCGGGUCCAUCAAACAAGGCUCAAAGCCCGCCAUUCCCUGCUGUCAAGCACGAAAAGAUGGCUACGAUGUCCCCUGCGCCUGGUGCGGCGCCAGCGGUACAGCCUGUUGCGAACGGUCUUGUGAACGGCACAAUGCCGCCGCCAGUGGCACGACCAGCGAGUAACAGCCCAUUUCCAGGCCAUCCUGGUAUGCCACCGCCUGCGAACGGUUACCACUUCACUGCACCUGCUGCAUUGCCUCCCACACCACUCCGCGCAUACCCUAUCGCGCAAGCUCUUUUGCCAGUCGUUGCGAUAUCGACAAUUCCCCAGCUCCAGAUCCCGAAGCCACACCGCCUUAUAAUACCACCUCAUCCGUCGCUCUCACAUCAGAGCGCCACUGUAACAUUACCACCAACACACCACAUUUUACAGAUUGCACCGACCAUCAGCAAGGAGCUGUCCAUGGGACGGCCGUACAAGAUGUUUGUCACUUUGAAUGGGGGGCGUUUGACUCAGCGUGAUACACAGUUUCACGCUGAUUCAGGCAAGAGAACGCAUGUUUAUGAAGGCCAAUUGGCCUCGGGCGUGAACAGGAUUGAAGUUGAAGUCGCUGCUGCAAAGGUUGAUGCGGAUGCAAAGGGAUUGGAUAUUGAGAAGGUCACAGUGUAUGCCAGUCUCACAAGGUAG